AUGAAAGAUGCUUUUAUGCCUUUCGGUGGUGGAUCACGAGUCUGCUUAGGACUGCACCUUGCUGAGAUAGAACUUCGCCUGGCCACUGCAAUUUUCUUCCGUACACUUCCUUAUGCUAAAGUUUCUACGCUUGAUGAUAUGAAUGAUGGAGAUAUGGACCCCCGUAUAUUCUUCGUAUUGUCACCAAAAGGCAAAAGGUGUUUGAUCUCCAGAGAAUGA